UUCAGAACUGAGAUCUCAUCGGCAUGGGAUCCUAGAAAGGGAAUGGCCGCCUCAGCCUCCGCAUGGGUUGCUCUGUCCCAAGUCAAUCCUCCCCUUCGCCAUCCCGCAAGGUUUAGCUCCGCCGCUAGACCCAUCUCCAUUCUCUCUUUUCACUCUCUUCUCCUCGUUGCACCCCGCCGCCAUCUCUCUGCGAUUUCCACCUUCUUCAGGUUUAGGAUAAAAGCAAAACCGGUUCAAGAAAGAGACUCACCGUGUAUUCAAGGUGCUGCAGAUAUGGUAAUAAGUGCAAGUAAAGAAUUGCGGAGGUAUGCUGUAGUUACUGGAUCGAACAAGGGUAUUGGCCUUGAGACCGUUCGGCAGCUUGCAAUGUCAGGAGUGAUGGUUGUGUUAACAGCCAGGGAUGAGAAGAGGGGUGUGGAGUCUGUAGCCUCGCUCAAUGAAUUGGGUUUGUCUAGUGUCAUUUUCCAUCUACUGGAUGUUCUGAACCCAGAUAGCAUUGCAUCCUUGUCUGAGUUCAUAGAAAAGCAAUUUGGAAGGCUUGAUAUUUUGGUAAACAAUGCUGGAGCUUCUGGAGUGAUAGUUGAUGAGGAUCGCUUAAUUGCCCUUAAUAUAGAUCCUGAAACUUGGCUCUCAGGCAAAGCAACCAACUUGGUUCAAGAUGUGAUAAAAACGACCACUGAGAAGGCAGAAGAAUGCUUGAAUACCAAUUAUUAUGGCUGCAAGGGAGUGACGGAAGCUCUUCUUCCACUGCUUAAGCUUUCCGCAACAGGAGCAAAUAUAGUGAAUGUCUCUUCCCUCCGGGGUGAGUUAAGGCGGGUUCCCAAUGAGCAGAUUAGAAAUAUACUUGCAGACAUAGACACACUGACAGAGGACAAAAUUGAUAAAAUAGUAGAAAAAUUUUUGCAUGAUCUGAAAGAAGAUGCAGUCGAAGCUAAUGGGUGGCAGAAAAUGCUUCCUGCUUACAGCGUAUCCAAGGUCGCAUUAAACGCCUAUACUAGAGUUCUUGCCAAGAAGUACCCUGAAAUGAGAAUAAACUGUGUCCAUCCCGGGUACGUUAAUACAGACAUCAAUUGGCAUACAGGGCCGCUGACAGUGGAAGAGGGAGCAGAAGGUUCGGUCAUGCUGGCACUUCUGCAAGCAGGAGGUCCAACCGGUUGCUAUUUUGAUCGCACUAGAGUGGCCGAGUUUUGACUGCAAGCCAAGGCCUCUUUGCGAUUCUAGCCCUCUUGGAUGUCGCCUGUUCAACAUCUUUUGCCGUGCCGGACGUAUGAUGUCUGUUGGUGGACAUUUUUAGGUCUGACUCUGUCUUAACAAAGUUUGGAACAAGAAUUAUCCAGUUAGGAUUCCAUGAAAUAAAUGUUCUUAUUGUUUGACAACGAAGACAUAAAUCUCUUCAAAUCCUUUGGACGCUGUUCUCUCCUCCCACUUUUAAAUGUCUCUGAAUGGAAUAUGUUUUUCUUUCUUUCUUUUAGCUCAUUAUUAUUAUAUAUAUAGAUCUAUGGUUUUGUUUUUUUGUA